AUGGCGACUCAGCACAACGGCACCACAAACGGCGUCACCAGUCACGCUCUGAAUGGCGUACAGAAACCCAAAGUCAAGUCCCCCAUCUCUCUGGCCCACGUCGUCCUUCGCACGUCCAACUACGAGCCCAUGGUCCAGUUCUGGCAGACAUUCCUGGGCGCCGAGAUCUCCUUCAAGGACGACCAGCUGGCCUUUCUCCGCUACGACGCCGAGCACCAUCGCAUCGCCAUCAUCAGGGUGCCCGGCACGGGGCCCAAGGUCCCAACCUCGGCGGGCCUCGAGCACAUCGCCUUCACGUUCGAGACGCUCGACGACCUGACCGAGUCGUACCAGCAGCGCAAGGCCCUGGGGGUGGAGCCGUGCUGGUGCACCAACCACGGACCCACCACAAGCAUUUACUACAGAGAUCCCGACGGCAACCGCAUCGAGACCCAGGUGGACAACUUCGACACGGUGGACGAGGCAAACGCGUUCAUGGCGGGGCCAUUGUACAGGGAGAACCCCAUCGGUACAGACUUUCAUCCUGAGGAUCUGAUCAAGCGACUCAAGUCGGGGGAGGAUCAUAGGAGCAUCAAGACCAGGAUCGAAAUUGGGCCACGCACCUUGCCGGACGACUUUUGA